AAGAAAAUGGCAUAAUUUAAGGUGUCAAAUGAAUUCGGAGAUAAGGAAAAUUAAAAAAAACAAAAGUGGAGAUGGAACUGAUGAUAGACUGUGGAAAAUCUCAAUUACAAAGCAUAGAAAAACCAACAACAUCAAAUACUACAACUCAUCGUUCGAAAAAACUAAAAACCAAAGCCAAGGAAAAAACGGACGAGGAAGGUGAUGCACUGCUAGAAAAGGCUAAAAACAUACUAAAUACACCAACUGACGAGUAUACCGUAUUUGGUGAAUAUGUUGCUAGUGAAUUACGGCAGCUGCAAUCUGAUGAACGAAAAAGAAGAUUAAAACGAAUAAUCCAGAAAGCUAUAGUUGCAAUGAGCGAAGAAGAUGAAGUGGAGUUUUCUGGAUCAAGAACACUUACACCUUUAAUGUCGCCUACUUAUUCACAUUCGAGUACAUACCCAUCAACUUCAAAUACGGUUGAAAGUUUUGAAGAGGCACCGAUAACAAAUACAACUACAAACCUUCCUCCAAUCACGCAGUUUUACGAAAAUUACUUACCUGGAGAUAAUCCGUUUUCAGCACAAAUGGCUGGCGUCAACUCAAAAACGAAACGAAAAGAUUGGAAUGCAGGGGACAUGGCGCAAGCUAUUACAUUAGUAAGAGAGAAACAAAUGGGUUAUUUAAGAGCUGCAAAACACUUUGGUGUGCCGAGAACUACCUUGUUUCGAUUAUGCCAGAAAAACGAAUCACCGCCAGAAGAAGCCGCAGCUACUACACUUGGGAGGAAAACCGUUUUAGGGACAACCGUUGAAAAUCUUUUGGUAGACUACAUUUUGACGAUGGAGAGCAAAUUCUACGGCUUGACGAGAAGCGAUGUUCGAAGAAUGGCGUACAUGUUGGCAAAACGUAAUCAGUUGAAAAAUCCAUUUGGUGACACGGGAUUGGCUGGAAAGAAAUGGCUUAAGCUAUUUCUUAAGCGCCAUAAGGACAAACUAUCAGUGAGAAGACCAACUGGCACAUCUUUUGCUCGAUCAUUUGGAUUCAGCAAAGAAAAAGUAGACACAUUCUUUGAUCUCCUUGAAGGCGUUUAUGCUCAAGAAAACUAUGAUCCACACCGCAUAUACAAUGUUUAUGAAUCUGGGCUUACCAUAGUACAGAGCAAGAUACCCCAAGUGGUUGGCCAUAAAGGGAAACGGCAGAUAGCUUCACUUAUCUCAGUUGAAAGGGGUUCAUUAAUGACAGUUGUUGUUGCUAUGAACGUCAGUGGUCAUUUUGUACCUCCCUUUAUAAUAUUCCCUCGCAAGAAUAUGAGUGCUCAGCUAAUGAGAUGCAGUCCCCCAGGCGCUGUUGGUAUUGCACAUCCAUCAGGAUGGAUACAAAUGAACAUAUUCACUGACUGGUUCAAACAUUUCAUUAACCAUACCAACCCUACCCCGGAAUCGAAAGUAUUACUGAUCUUGGAUGGUCAUUUUUCUCGUACUCGUAACAUCGACGUGAUAGAUGUGGAUCAGAGACAAUAA